AGCGCUUCCGGUAUCGCAGUCUGCCAUAGGAAGUGUAGUAACUUUGUAUGUACGUAUGUGUACAUAUCGUACCAGAGGUAACAUCAACUACAAGGAAAAGGGAAAUGUGUUUGUAAACAGUUUUCCCAUCAUGAGUGGUGGACCUCGAUUUCUGAUGUACGUUAAGGCGGCGAGUGAUGGACAAAAUGUCGGUGAUUGUCCGUUUUCACAAAGAGCUAUGAUGUAUGCAAACAUCAAAGUACCGAAAGAGGAGGUGGAGAUCACACCUGUAGACCUUAGCAACAAGCCUGAGGAUUUCCUGAAGUUGAACCCAAGUGGAAAAGUUCCAGUUUUAAUUGAUCGAAAGUUUGAAAAAAUUAUUUCUGACUCGGCUGAAAUCACACAGUAUCUCCACGAACAAUACCCCGACAUAGACUGUCAACAAAAUUACAGCGGUCCGGCUCUCGACGCGUGCAUGGGUGUCUUUCCUAAACUUGCUGCUAUUAUCAAGAACAAAGAUCCAACGAAAAUGCAGACACUGAGACAAGCUUUGCACUCGGAAUUAAAGAAAGUGGACGAAUACCUGGGGAGUAACGACCACAAUGGACAGUUCCUGUUAAGUGACAGACUAUGUGAGAUUGACUGCAUGUUUCUUCCUAGAUUACGCCACGUGAUUGUGGCUGGGAAGCACUAUGGUGGCUUUGAAAUUCCUGAGGAAUUCAAACAUUUAAAGGAAUAUAUUUCCAACGCAGAACAAAAUGAAAUUUUUCAAAGUACCAGUUGUCAUGAAAGUGAAAUCAUUCACGGUUGGAAAAAACACACACAGUAGAAAAAAUACAUAUACAAAAUGGUUAAAAUGCAACCAUGCUGGUAUACUAUAAUUAGCUUAUUAAUAAAAAUGGUAUAUAUCAA